CCUCUCGCUGACUCCCGCCAGCUUCUAUUGAUAUCACAACAUUCCUCUUGUUUGAAGUUGGAAUCCCGUCACAAUUCUCUAACCCUUACGUGUCGUUGCAAUUCAGCGGUUAGCUCGACUAUAGCGGGGGUUAUCUAUUGGAAGUGUUUUGCGAUCGAGCGCUUCAUGUCCCCUCCAUCUAUCGGCUCUUCCUCCUCUCAUGGCCCGCUUGAUUAACAAGAACAGAUAGCACAUUGCGCAAAGUCUCAUUUAUAAACCAACAUAAUGCUAUUCGGCUAUCCCGGCUCCGGUCGCCCAAACAAGACCAGACAAUCCUCAGCUUCGGUUGCACCUCAUUCUUCCCAUUCCAAUUCGGCCACUGAAAGGCCGUAUAAAUCGCAUCCUAGAAGCCACUCGCGCGGACCGAGCACACAAUCGGCUGGAAAGUCCUCCGGGGCUGCAACAGCAUCUACAGACAAAUUGGUAGCGGCGGAAAGGAAAAUACCUGGUGUCUUUGACUUUCUCGAAGAGGAAGAAUCCGAGGAGAGCACUUCGUCGGAGUCAGACGACGAUGAUGUCCGUGGUCCAUCCAAUGUGUCCAGAGCGCAACCAAAGUCAACAACUAGUCCCGCGACUGUCGGGUUGCAGCUAGCCAGGAAUCCCACGGUCAGCCGGAGGUCUACGAUACAUGAUUCUCAUAAUGAAACAGGGUCUUCGGCAGCGCGCUCCGGAAAUUCUCAAGACAAGAAGGGUACAAACUAUCACACGACACCAGAAGCAUACUACCCUACUGUGCGAAAACCUGCUUUGCCACCAUCACCCCCAAAGAGUCCAGAGGAACAGAAAACUUCCAGAAGUAAAUCAAGGCCGCGCACGAAUACCAAGUCAUCCGAUGUAUCAUCCGGGUAUGGGCUUAUUGCUUCCCGACUCAGUACUCCUUAUCCCGAUGAAGCGCAGCAUCGGCUCCCUCCACUGUACCGGCGAUUUGAACAUUUGAACCACCGCGUGUUGCUUCAUUUACAAGACGAGAUUGUGCAGAUGGAAGAAGAACUUCACGUACUCGACGAAUACGAAGAAAUGCACCGUUCUGUUACCGCAGAUCAAGAAGGGAAAAACAAACCAACGCCUGCCUCAAGACGCAUGGAUGCGCAAGCCGAAACAUAUUCCAAUUUACACCGCCGACGAAAUGAACUAAUGGGGUCUGUAAUCAGCAAAACUGAGCAAUACAACAAUGCCCUCUGCGCCUACAGCAAAGUCCUCGAAACUCUCCCCCGCGCCUCUGAACAAGACGUCGAAUCCUACCGGGCCUGGAUGAAAAAGCAUAAUCCCGUCACCGUAACCGAAAGCCGUUUCCUGGACCAUGAUCAAGACCUCGUCUCCGUCACUCCUCGCCCUCUAUAUUCGACUGGCACUGGAAUUGCUGCUUCUGCGAAUGGCAACUCUCCCUUCCCUGCUGUUGUGAUCGCGUCCACUGUCAUUCUCCUCCCGCUGCUGGCAUUCAGCCUGAUCUCUGAGUUCUCUGGUCGUCUUCUCGUGGCCACGAUUGUUGCCGGUGCGGUGUCAGCUUUCGCAAGUAAUUCCUCGACCGGGAUUGAGCGUUUGAUUGAUGCGAAGGAUGGAUGGAAAUGCGCUGGAGGAUAUUUCGGAUUCAUGACGGUGGCUGCUAUGUUUAUUCCUUAGCGUGCGAGUAUUGAGCGUUUCUCUUUCUUCAUUUUGAGACAGCAAUUGUUUGUCACGCUAUCAUGAACUUACGAAAACCACACCGUUUUGGGUUGUAUUGAUGUCUUGGGUUCUUCUAUCCUAUUAAAAUCUUGUUUUCUAGCGAGAGAAGGC